GAUCUGGGAAUAACUUCGGGAAACUCGUGGGCUCCAAUUCUUGGCUCCUGGCUUGCAUCAGUCCUAGCAACCUCCAAUGAAGGCGGGCUAUUUCGGUCAAUAUGUGGGCAAGGGUCAGCACUUAGUCUUGUUUCCAUGAAGUGUAUCAACAGCAGUUGAGGUAACUGCGCCGGAACCCAGCGCGAUGCAGAGUGGAGCAGCUGGCAGGUCCGACCCUCUGGCAACUUUGACAGCAGACCAGAUUCAGCUGCUGGAAAAUAAUUUCGCCCAAAUGAAACAACCGGACGGCUCGUCGCUGAUGCUGAUCGCGGCCGAGUGUGGACUCACCGAGGAGCUUACAGCACAAUGGUUCAAGCAGCGCAUUGCAAAGUGGAGAGAAUCGGAAGGCUUUCCUCCAGAAAGUGGAUCUGUCAAAGAUUAAAAAAAACUGAUAGACACAACCGGAAGCAUCAAAUGGAACCAUUCGACGUAUCAGCAAACCACUCCACCCUUUCACCACCUCCACUCAGCACGUGUCUCCUAGACCAGGGUGUGAGCAGAAUGCUGCCUUUCACUAACUUUGGUUUAUUGUGUGAAUUUAAAAGUGUGUUUUGCAUAGUCUGAGUCUCAUUCUGGUAGAAGUGCCCAUUUAUAAUAUGCUAAUCACAGUUUAUAAUGUUAUUGUUUAGAUAAAUGAGUUUAUGGGGUUUAAGUGCAAUUAAAUCAUUUAUCUGGGAGACAUAUAAUAUAAUUUGAAAUUGAGUACUGUAAGCCUUGCAUUGUCUAAAUAAAAAUAUCUACUGUUUUCAG